UCGUAUUCCAGGGACCUGCCCGAAACGCUACGCGUACUAGUGGUUGUACAAGAAUGUAACAACUCUUGUAUAUAUCUAAAAAAAUAAAAAAAACUUCAGGCAAACUGCACCUACUAUAAAGAAGAAGUUUUCUCUUCAGGAGACGCGCCAAGCCACAACUCCAGCAGUCACCAGGAGAUAACCUUCACACAUCAAGCAUUAGACACCCUGGUAUAAUUAUCCUUCCCAGCGGCAGUGUUGUGUCUCCAGGAGACGCCCCAAGUCACAAGACAACUCCUGCAGUCAGGAGGAGAUAACCUUCACACAAACUGUAGUUAUGAAGACAACAAAACCUAAUGAGUGUCCGGAGUGUGGGAAAACAUUCAGCAGUCCAGGAAAUGUGAAGAUUCACAUGGCACUGCAUACUGGUGAUAAGCCUCAUGAGUGUCCAGAGUGUGGAAAAAGAUUCGGUCGUAGUGACCAUGUGACAACCCACAUGUUAGUGCAUACGGGUGAAAAGCCUUAUGAGUGUCCUGAGUGUGGGAAAAGAUUUAGUCUUCUUGGAAAUAUGAAGACUCACAUGUUAGUGCAUACGGGUGAAAAACCUCAUGAGUGUCCACAGUGUAUGAAAAGAUUCAGUCAUGUUGGAAGUCUGAAGGCUCACAUUAGUGUACAUAAUACUUCCUUGCUAGGGCAUUCCAGUGACAAGCCUCACGAGUGUCCGGAGUGCGGGAAAAGAUUCCGUUUACUUCGUUAUGUGAGGAAGCACAGGAUCAUGCAUAAGGGUGAUAAACCUCAUGAGUGUCCACAGUGCAGGAAGAAAUUCAGUCGGUUGAUGAAUAUGAAGAAUCACAUGAUGGUGCAUACUGGAGUCAAGCCUCACAAGUGUCUAGAGUGUGGGACAAGAUUUAGACAAUUUUCUGCUAUGAAGGUUCAUGAGAUGGUGCAUACAGGUCAGAAACCUUUUGAGUGUGCCGAGUGUGGGAAAAGAUUCAGAGUACGUGGCGAUAUAAUAAGACACAUGUUAGUGCAUUCUGAUGAGAAGCCUCAUGAGUGUCCAGAUUGUGGGAAAAGAUUCAAAAAGCUGAUAUCUGUGAAGGCGCACAGGCUUGUGCAUAUUGGGAAUAAAACUCACGAGUUUUUAGGGUUUGGGAAAAUGUUCAGCCUUCGAGAUGUGAAGAUACACAGGACGGUGCAUACAGGUGAUAAACCUCAUAUGUGUUCAGAGUGUGGGAAAGGAUUCAGUCACCGUGUAUCUAUGAAGAGGCACAAACUCCUGCACACAAGAGAUAAUACACACCAGUGUCCAGAGUGUGGGAAAAGAUUUAGUCAUCUUGAUACCAUGAAGUCCCACAGAAUGGAGCAUAUUGGUAAUAAUCCUCAGCAGUGUGCUGAGUGAGGUAGAGAAAAAGUGAUUCAUCUUGAAGAUUUGAAGACACACUGGAAGGUGCAUAGGGAUUAUAAGCUUCAUGUGUGUACUGAAUGUGAGAACAUAUUUAUGCUUCAUAAACAUAUGAGAAGAAGCUGGAUGUACUUCAUAGACCAAUUACACACCAUGGAAGUUGCAAUAGUAAAAAGUCUUGCAAAUGUAUCUAAAUAAAUAAAUUUUUUUUGCCAAGAUAAUUCAAGGUUUUGAACAUUUUUAGUAUACAGUAUUUAUUUUAAUAAUUCUUUCAAUUUAGAGUCUUGUAAGAAAUUUAUUUAUGAUAAAUCUAUUUUAUUGAAUUGAAUAAUACAAAUUUAUAUAUAUUGAGGAAUUAUAUACAGUACAUCAGUAUUCUUGUUCCAGCUAAUUGUUUACUUUUCCAAUUUUUACUACUUAUGAUUUGGAAAUAUAUGAGUGAUAUUUUGUGUUAUUAUGCUUCUUGGUUAACUAUAAUCUAUCAUUGUCUCUCAGUAGAAUUAUUGGUGAAUCCGAUACCUUGAUGUCGCAUUCCUUAUGGCCUUUUGUUUUCUUGUUGGCCUCUUUCAGUGUUAUUUAGUGCCUUUUGAAUAUUCCUGGCUUGGUUUCUUCUUUUGACAAUUACUUAUAACCUAUCCUUCAAAAAUGAUAGUACAUGUACUAUGGAUGGAUUUACAAAAUAUGAGCUAUUGUACUCUCCAAAUCUCAUAUUUUGUACUAUUAGAAUUCUAAAUAGCAUAACGUCAAGUGAAAUAGACUAACUAUAAACCAAACAUUACCUAUCACAGGCCUAACAUUUGCAAUCUUAGAUCAAAUUUAGUAUAUACAGUACAUGUACUAUACAAGACCUUGGAAAAUAUAGGUCUGAUCAGGAAAAUAUAGGUCUAAGACCUUGGAAAAUAUAGGAAAAUAUUGAUAUAAACCUAUACAGUGACACCUUGGCUUACAAAUGCCCCUCUUUAUGAACUUUUUGGGCUAUAAGCCCAAUUUCUUCGUAAAGUCUGAAUCGGGUAAUGAACAUUGCCUCGGGUAUCGUAGUUUGCUGAUAGGCGUAUGGCUGAUCUAGCGGGUGGUGGCACAGCAACCACGCCCCAGUUUACCAGUGUCUCCCGCCUAGUGACAAUCGCGCCUGAAUUCUUUGUAAAGAAUUUCAGUGUUUUUCGGAUUUUUUUUAUAUUUGAACAUAAAAGUAAUUAUUAUAUAUAUCUCGCCAUGGGU